AGUUUCUUAACAUAUCAUGAUGUCAAUAUAAGGAAUUUUAAGCUGUGAUUCGGAUCUAUUGUUUAAUAUUAAUCUUUUGAUCUCAAAACCAAAUGUCUUCAGUGUAUCACAAAACCAUGUAUUUACAUUUUUUUUAUGAUAAUUGGGCAUUUAUUUGAAAAUGAUUUUGUACUGUACACUUCUUUCAGUGAGUCAUGGUCAUGUCAGCACCACAGUAACUGUCAGUCUUUCUAGCCAAAGUUAUUGCAGAAGCUCCUAGUGAGGAAUUUGAGCCCUGCAGCCCACCCUAUUUGCUGUGUGUACACAAACAGCCACACAUGCAUGAUAUCCCUUCCCCCAUUGGCCUGGUCAGGCCUUUGCAUGCCUGGAUCACCUCCUGAUUUAGCCAGUGCUGUACCACUUUGCUUUGCUCAGGGUGACUGAAGAGCAGUUGGAGUAUGGUUAAGUCUAUGCAAUGAAACAGAGCCUCUAACGUACAGACAUGGACCCUUUUCUUAAGGCUCCCUAUACAGAAGAUGAAGGUCUUACAAUGGAAACUACAGGGCCUGCUCAGGAUCCCGAUAUACACAUCUACACCACGUUCUUCAUGAACCACUGCUGCUAUGAUGCCAUACCAACCAGCUCUAAACUGGUCAUCUUUGAUACAACACUGCAGGUAAAGAAGGCAUUCUUUGCAUUAGUCGCUAAUGGAGUUCGAGCUGCACCUUUAUGGGACAACAAGCAGCAGUGUUUUGUAGGGAUGCUUACUAUAACAGACUUCAUUAACAUUCUUCACAGAUAUUACAAAUCACCCAUGGUUCAGAUAUAUGAAUUAGAAGAGCACAAGAUUGAAACCUGGCGAGAGGUCUACCUUCAGUACUCUGUCAACUCUCUGAUCAGCAUCACCCCUGAAUCCAGCCUCUUUGAUGCUAUUUACUCCUUACUGAAGAACAAGAUUCACAGGCUGCCUGUUAUCGAUCCGGAAUCAGGAAAUGUUCUGCACAUUCUGACCCACAAACGCAUCCUGAAAUUUCUGCACAUCUUUGGUUCCAUGAUCCCAAAGCCUCGAUUCUUACAGAAGCGAAUUCAGGAUGUUGAAAUUGGAACCUUUAAGAGGAUUGCCACAGUCCAGGAGACUGCAACGGUUUAUGAGGCGUUGUCAGUGUUUGUCGAGCGCAGAGUGUCAGCCUUGCCUGUUGUAAAUGAACAAGGAAAGGUAGUGGCCCUUUACUCCCGUUUCGAUGUCAUUAACCUGGCUGCUCAGAAAAAUUACAAUAACCUGAACAUGACAAUGCGAGACGUGAUCGAGAGCCGCUCAUGCUGCGUGGAGGGAGUGCUCAAGUGUUAUCCACACGAAACCCUGGAAACCAUCAUUGAUCGCAUCGCUGAAGCAGAGGUUCAUCGUCUAGUUCUGGUGGAUGAACAGGAUAUGGUGAGGGGAAUCAUCUCCCUGUCUGACUUGCUGCAGGCAUUGGUCUUAACACCUGCAGGUAUUGAUGCUCUUUUCUCUUAGCAAAUGUGAACUGUGAUCUCUCCAUCACAGUUCCUCCUACUUCCUCCUGUAUUUUUCAGUGAACUCAGUGAAUCUUGACUAGUGUGCCUGUAAAUAUUUCUCUUGGCAACUUUAAGCUACUGUUGGACCAUGAGGAAUAACAUGCACAUUUGAAUGUAUUCUGGCAUGAACACUGCUGGAAUUGUGUUGCUUGACAGUUUAACUACAAUUGGUCGUUCUUCAAAACCAGCCAUUUCUUUUAUUGAUAUAAAAUGUGUGUUAUUUUGAUGGUAGGUUUUACCAGAGACCACUUUGCUGGACAAGGUUUCUCUGUGCCAAUAAAGUACUUCACAUUAUGAGUGCUUCUAUAAGGGUUUUUAUUUAUUUUUGGACAAAGGAUUUGAUUUGAAUAUCUGCACCUACACAAAUAUAACAUCUCGACAUUGAUCUUUGAUACUCAGUACACUCAGGUCUCAGAUCUUUCAAGAUCUUUCACACCAAAAUACUGUGAAUUUGAAAUUUAUUUUAAUUU